UUUCUUUUUUUUUCCAAUAUCAGGGUUGUAUAUUUCUUUUUUGACUUGAAGUGUGUAUAAUUCCUAAUUCUAAACUGGUUUUAGUUAUUAUCCUCUGGUAUCUACUUUUGGUCAAAGUGUCUUCCAAGUAAAGAUACUGCAAUGGUUACAAAUAAAUUGGUUCUCAAACACCAAACAAAAAUCUACCCAGAAAUAAGUUUCUUUAUUAAACUAUGAAACAUAAUUUCAUUUCAGUCAGAUUUUCAUCAGAAUAGAUAGCAAUCCUUAGUCAAUGUCUCCCUGUAAGUCAGAUGCCAGGAGUGUUCAGUUGUCUAUGAUAAUAAAUAUUUUAGCUAACAAAAUAACUUGGAAAAAAUUAAACCUUAAGAUUGUGUUACAAAGAUUUAUUUUAAAGGUUAUGGUCCAUUUUUUGGUAAUUAUUAAUAUUUAAUUGGUGCAUGUUGACUUGAAAAUUAGUACAGUUUUGAUGACUAAUUGAAAAUUAGUAUCUUUGUAUGCACAUUAUUAAUUACUUGAUUAUUUCUAUCCAGAAAGAUUGAUGAUGACCAGGGCAGGAUCAUAAGUUGGGCCAAGCUGAUGAUGGGUAUGUAGCAAUGUUGGAUAUUCAAGUUGGCCUCCUUCAGUUGUAGAGCGACUAUGGUUCAUCUCAAACACUUUUCCAUGUGCAAUGUUGGAUAUGACAGGCAGAUAAACUCCCCAGCACAAAGCUCAACAAACCUCAGAACAGCACUCACAAAGCUCAACCACAACAGCAAAAAAACUGUCAUUCAAUGGAUACCAGCUCACAUACAACUAGCAGGAAAUGAGAAGGCUGACACACUCGCCAAGAGUGGGAGAACAAACUCACAAGUAAACUCUGCUCUCUAUCCAGAAGAAAUGAAGAAAUUAAUUGUAGAUAAAAUAAAUGAGAAAUGGACGAGCUCCCAUCCAAAUCACAAGAAAGAUGAUGCUUACUAUAAGCUAUCCCGACAAGACCAACGUCUAAUCUUUCGACUCAGGACCGGACACAACAGAAUGCGACAACACAUGUUCCGGAAGCUCAAAAUUGGAACCAGUGAAAUCUGCCCAUGUGGAGUAUCACCAGAAAAUGCCGACCACGUCCUCCAAAACUGCUCUCUCUACCAAGAGGCCCGUUUAAGACAUUGGCCCCAAAUCACCCCAAUAGAAAGAAAACUGUAUGGAGAGCUCCCUGAUUUGGAAACCACUGCGCAGUUCAUCUCAUGUAUUGGUCUAGUCAUAUGAACACUCCAACAUAACAAUGAGAACGAUGAAGAAGAAGAAGCUCCCCAGGAUGUUCCUG